UCAAAUUGAUUCCGACCAAGAUAGUGAAGGAGACCUUACUGCUGAGACUUCCAUCAGGAAUAUCAGAUUCGGCAAAUUUAUGCUAGAAUCCAUGCUGAAGCUAUUUUGAGCAACUUGUACCCAUAAGCAGGCGGGAACAGAAAUUAAAGCUCCUUUGAUUAGCAUUUUCGCGAACAAAUUAUCCCAAAAAUCUCCUGGUUCAGAUUUAAAUCAAGGGAUUUUGCUGUUUUUGAUAAGAGAAUAUGAGAAUAGAUUUAAUAAUCAGAAGGAAGUUGAAGAUUUUCGUCGGAGCAAUUGAAGUAGCAUGCCUAUUGAGAGUAAAGAGUCUCGACUAAAGAGUAUAUCUUUCCCUUUAUACCCUGAUAAUAUAAAUCACACUAUCAUUGUGUAUAACUAUGUACCCCGAAACUGAUUGGUAAAUUUAUUCUUUGCUCUUCUUUUGCAGACUAAAAUCAUCAUUGUGACCGAGAAAGUUGGAAGAGCCGCUUUGAUUAUCGAGUCAUUAUUCAAGCUUAUUUACCCAUUCGACUCCUCUUGAUAUACCACAAUUGGUGAUGUACAGGAAGGACUAGCCGAACUUGCUGGAGCACCUUUUCCAGUAAUCAUUGGCUGCAGCCCAUCUAAAUUUUACUCUCUUCCAAACUAUGAAGUAGCGAACGUUAAGGAAGAAUGAAUGAUCUGUAAUAUUGAUACAGAAGAGAUUACUUGGCUUAACGAGAUCAGUUUUCCAAAAUCUCAAAGCGAUUACCUCAACGAGAAGCUAAACGAACUUCAAGAAGAAGUUCUUACUAAUAAAGACUUCAGACUCGACGGAUAUCUCGAUCUCACAGAUGAGUCCGACAAAAGUGUCAAACUCCAAGUAAUGGUAAUCCUAGAGUACAAUAUGAAGAUUAAGAAGAUCUUUAUCAACGUAAUGAUUCUACUUCUGUCUAAUUACCAAGAGUUUUGGAACCAAGUUGAUGGAGAAUUCGAGUAUGCUAGGUACAUAAAACUCUUCAAUAAGCAAAGUUAUGACUUUUAUUCAAAUUUUGUCAAAACUCAGCUAUUCCAUACCUUCCUGCAAGACAGUGACGAGGAGAAAACAAUGGAAAUAAAGGAGUUUCUAAGCUAUUACUCCUUACUGAAAUCUACCAACAAAGCGAACAGUACUAUAAAAUAUGCCAGUUUUGGACGAAAAGUCUCUGAUGAACAAACCCCAAGUGAGAGUGAAAGCAUGUCGGAUGAACUAAGCCAGAUCUGCCACAAAACAAUGAAAAUGAAACCCCUGACAUUCAAGCAGAAUAUGGAAAUCCUCAAUCUUCUUGAAGCAUUUGAUGAGGAUUCUGAUUGAGAUUCUCAGUUUGAUGAUGAUCAAAAUGAGUCGUCCAUACAAGUAAAUUUCCUAGACCAGGAUUAUGAAAAGAAGACCCAGACACCUGAAAAGUACCAAAGCAGCAAGAAGCUUCCUAGAGUAGAGAACCAAUCCCAAGCAUUAAUUUUUGGCCAAAGCCUCAAGCUCAUGCCAGGGAGGAAAAGAUGUGAUUCCGGGAAAUUAGACGCUAAAGGAUCCAGAUUUAUUGCUCGAGAUUACAUCGCCCUUUCCUCUGAAGAAAGGAGCCCAAUCCAAGUAAAAUCAGGGAACAUGACCGAGAGAACAUCUUUUGAAAAAUAAAACUAAAGAAUUAACUAAUUUCUUUGGUAUCAAAAAUAAAAAGAAGGAUAGCAAAAAGACCAUAAAGGCUAAGAAAUCUAAAAAUAAAGGCAAGGCUAACCAAAGUAGAGGGUCCGCAAAGAGCCUCAAAAACAGCGGUAGAAAGACAAUGAACCCUGACUCUGUCGUUCUUUAUGACCUCAGCAAACACUUCUGCCUUUCAUCAGUUCCAACUGUAGAAGUGAAUGUUGUAAGUAGUGAGAGAGGUGAUGAUAAUCUGUCGAUCACAUCCAGAAGUGUAGAGAAGAUACCAAUGAAAAGCGUUCCUCAUUACAGGUCCAUCGGCUGAGACUUAAAGGUAAACAGGUCCAUACUUGAUCAAAAUAAAAGUAAUGGAGGAAGACUUAGAUGGAGCAAUCAUAAACAUGGAAGUCCCAAUACUGAAAGUUUAUCAGAAGAUGAAGCUAGUGAAGGGAUUAUCAAAAAUAACGAAAUCUUAUCUACAAAUAAGCCUUAUGAAUCGUCACUCAAUACUAAACCUCAAAUGGAGGAGGUAAAACCCGAGAAUGAGAAGCAUCUCGCUCAAAGUAUCCCAGUGCUGAAUCUAAAGACCAAGCAGAUCCCUCAUCUAGAACAUAUGGCUAGUUACUCUCCUCCUCGGGAAGAACACCUGAUUCCUAACAGUCUCAAAUAACACGCUAUCAAUUGACAUCCCAGUAGAUCGGAAGAAGAAGUUUACUCUUCGGAAAGACUGAAAUAGCGAUAGUGGUCUUCAUAAGAUGAUAAACUCCUCAAAGAUUCUUGAGCAAAAAGGAAAUAAGUCUUACCAACCAAUGAAGAACUUUCGGAUGAAAAAUAUCAAAAAAUAUGGUAAACAAUUCAGCAGCUCUCCAAACACAAAGAUUUCAAUUGAAACCCGCUCUGGAAGGAACAAGAAGACAAUCAAGCAGUACACUCAAAAAAUGCCAAAGAUCCGACCUGAGGAAUAUAGCGAGACAACUAAGAAUAGUUCAAACAAUUUGAUGAUUAGGAAAUCUCUCCUUUGACACCAAAAAACCUAUAAAAACUCUUACUACAAUGCUCAGAAUAAGCAGAAUAAGACUAUCCAGUUAAUGAAGAACAAGGAUUCCUCGCCCUCACUGAAAAUACCUCGGAGCCCUCAUUGCUUCAAAGUAAGGUCGAAUAAAAUCAUGACUUUUGAAAAGAAGGUGGCAAAAGAUGUAAAUUGAUCCUAUGAUCAAUCGCUUUAUAAAAAUGGGAGGCUGAAUUUUCAUGUCAAAAAGAACUCAUCCAAGCCUGUUGCACUAACCAAAGGGAACUGUUCAGAAAGCCAGAAGAAGGCACCUCCUAAGUUAUUAUAAAUGUCUAAGAUGGUUAGAUCCUUUCAGUUGGUUCAGGCUCUCAUUGAAGGUAGAUGAUAUCCUCCAGAUUUGAGCUCAACCUCAUCAUAAUUCCUAUCUCAAAAUCAUAUUAUUUCAAGU